GUUUUUAUAAUGAAAUAAUUUUACAUUCUAAAGAAGCCUCGCUUAACCUGAAGAUUUUAUCGAGAUAUUUAAAACAACUUACUACCAAAGAUUCUUCAACGUUACUAAAACAUUAUGGAAGGGGAAUUGCGAUUAGAUCCUGUAAAUAUGAGCCCUUCCUCUAAAUUUAUUGACAAAGAGCUUUUUAAAAAGUGUUUUGAUCUCGUAGCCGCUCGUGUUGUUCCUCAAAAAGUAGGUAUAUUGAACAGAAUUUGUCGCAAGGAUUUGCUGGAGCUACCACGAGUGAAGCAUGUGUAUCAAGACCAAGACCAUAAACUGGUGCUCUUAAAUCAAAAGGCUACAUUAGAUGGGACUAAAGGACUUUCGGAAACGACAAAGUCUUUUAUUAAUGAAAACAACAUUAAAUUAGUUCCAUUUAAGCUAAAUGUAGAUUAUGACUACUGGAGAGCCGAGGACAUUUUAGAUGCUAUUCUUCCCCCAGGUCAGAAAGAGGAACACCCUUCAGGAUUUACUGCUGUAGGACAUAUUGCUCAUAUGAACUUACGAGAAGAAUGGCUUCCAUAUAAGCAUCUCAUAGGACAAGUUAUUCUCGACAAAAAUCCAUCUAUCAAAACAGUUGUGAACAAAACAGACAGUAUAGACACCAAAUUCAGAACCUUUCAAAUGGAAGUUUUAGCAGGUGAUCCAGAUUUCAUGGUGGUUCAGUCUGAAUCCAACUGUAAAUUUCGAUUUGACUUCUCUAAGGUAUACUGGAAUUCUCGUCUUAGCACUGAACACGAUCGCUUGGUCAGCCAAUUCCAAGAAGGCGAAGCGGUUUGCGAUGUUAUGGCUGGAGUCGGUCCCUUCGCAUGCCCAGCAGGUAAAAAGAGGGUUAUCGUUUUUGCUAAUGAUCUAAAUCCUUCAAGCUACGAAAGUUUGGUUGAUAAUGUUCAGAUCAAUAAGGUUGGUGACUUCGUAAAAGCUUACAAUCGAGACGGUCGUGAAUUUAUUCGCUCUGCUACUGAAGAGUUGCUGGAAUUUUCAAAGCAAGGAACCAUAGCACUCCCUCCCCCAAAAAAGCUUGCAAAAGGAAACCUAAAGGAUAAUACUUCAUCUUCCAGCAAACGUGAUAUUCAUAUCCCUCCAGUAUUCUCUCACUAUGUCAUGAACCUUCCUGGCUCUGCUUUAGAAUUUCUGGAUGCCUUUAAUGGAUGUUAUGAAGGAAAAGAACACUUAUUUGAAAAUCGUUCACUCCCGAAGGUCCAUGUUCAUUGCUUUUCGAGAUACGAUCCUCCAAUGGAAGACAUAAUAAACCGAAUUGAGGCAUCCAUGAGGUAUCGAUUGCGACCAGAAGAAUUGAGUUUGCAUUAUGUUCGUAAAGUAGCACCAAAGAAGGAUAUGUACUGCUGUACUUUUACUUUACCGAGAUCUGUCAUUUUUGGAAAAAUAUAAAAUAUUUGGUGUGCUUCUUGUGAGCCUAAUAGAAAAGAUUUCUUAUCUUAAAAAGUACAUACGUUAAAUAUGGAAUGCUACAUAUUUGGUUAGUUCUAUAACUUGAAAUACUUAUUAACAUAUAACAUAAACAUUUAUAAACAAAAUAACGUAAAUUGAGCC